AUGUCCGAAGGUGAAGCCGAACCCACGUUUAUCCAUUUUGCCGACCAAGCAGCGAAGCGCAAGCGUGCAGAGGCCGUGUGCAUACCGUGUCAUUCCAAGAAGGUCAAGUGUGACGUGCAGAAGCGCAGCCAGGAUGGCCACAGCAAGUGUUCCAACUGUGAGGCCAGCCAACGUGACUGCCCCCUGAGGACAUCACAGCGUGGCAAGACAAGGCGUACGAGCACUCACGCUGGCAGUCUGACGAGUUCCAGCACUAUCACGGUCCGUGACGCUGGUCAGGGUGCCUCAGGCUCCGCACUCCCAGGUCCUGGUAUCGACAAUGGCAGCGUAGACUUUGCUCCACACCCACAGCCCGAGGGAAUCGACGAUGCAGCCUUCGGAGCACCCUCGAUGCCCGGCCCUUCAAGCAAUGGGAAUGCAUGGGAUGGCCCGCUGGCAGAGGCCAGUCGGAACAUCGUCGUUGGUAUGCCGUCUGCACAGUCCAUUGGCACCGUCGCAUCAAACCACAGCUAUGGCGAUGAUGCAUGUGUCGAUGCUGGGUAUUUGCAUUCUGUCUACGGUCCCGAGAACCAGAUGGAUGCCGAGAUGCAGGAGCUGCAGGCCUACUUAUCGCCCGGCCGGGAAGAUGCACACAGUCUCCCGCUCGACUUCUCGCUGCAGUCGGCAUUCCUGGAGACGUACUGGGAAUACUGCUACUGUUUCUGCCCGGUGUUGGACCCCAAGACCAUCAUGGGCGAGAUGGCUCGCUCUCCCCUACUCACCAACGCCGUAGCCCUCGCCGCAAGCCACGUCCAGCCGCCUCUGCUGCCGCAUCAAGGCCCGCACGAGUACUACGACCGUGCUCGUAGGCUGUUUUACGAAGACGCCGAGGCUGACAACCUGACCACGUUGAAGGCCCUUUGCUUGUUUUACUGGUGGGCCCCACGGCCGCCGUCUACCAUCCACCGCCAUACCUCGUGGUGGUGGCAGUCCGUGAUAAUCCGCCACGCGCAGCAAAUGGGAAUCCACCGGGAGCCGCCUCCUGACAGUCCUCUACGAGCAAAAUUGGACCUUUCUGUGCGGCGCAGAAUAUGGUGGACGGCAUUCGCACGCGAGCGUUUGACGGCGCUGUGUCAGAGCAAGCCCUGUAUCAUCGACGAGGCAGACUGCACCAUCGCCCCGCCCGACCUGUCCGACUUUCCAGAUGACCCCAAGUCACAGAGCAAGGGCCUGGUCUUUAUACACUGGGUCCGCCUCUGCGCCAUCAUAGGCCGCAUGGCCAAGAGCUUCUGCCGGCCGGUCGACGUCGACCAGUCCGGCCUCUACUCUCAGUACCACGACCAGCUGUCCAGGUGGCUGACGGAGCUCCCCCCCGACUUGCAGCUCCGGCUCGGCGCGAACAGCCAUGCCAAGUUCGACCGAGAUGUCCACCAGCUGCACCUACCAUAUCUGACCGCAGUGACCAUUCUCCAUCUGCGACGGUCCGCCAACGUGCUCCCUCAGGCGUUACCCCCAGCCAUCCUGGCAGCCUCAUGUACGGCCCGGGUCCUGCGAGACGUGCUCGCAAGAGGCAACACCCGGUUUCUCAUGGCCAUCACGUGUUGGUACUGCGGGACAGCUUUCAUCGCGUUGCUGCAGGGCUCCCGGAUACCGCAGUUUGCCGAGGAUUCCGAGGAGGGCAUAGCAGUCCUGACCAGCAUGGUCGAGCAGCUCCAGAAGAUGUGGCCCUCUGCAAACGUCAUCCGAAAAGGCUUCGAUCGGAUGAGGAAUGAGAAGGGUGCGCCCCGGCCCGCGCAACCUCGACCACCAACCAUACCUCCGGACAGCUCCGGGCUUGCUGUCGGUGGCGUCGUCCCCGGUGACCCGGCUGUGCCCCCACACGCUACAAUGACUGCUCACCAGCAGGAUAACAGCAACGGCCUGUCCCUGCUGCCAUUUGUCACUGCCUCCACGAGCAAGAUUGCGGAGUGCUUGCUCAAUAACCAGAUGUCUGGCAAUGUCACCCGCGGCAUGCCCAGUCCGAGGAACACAUCCUUCUACGAAAAUGCGAUGCAUGAGUUUCAUGGCUUCCUGGAUCCGUUGCUAAUAAUGGGAGCGGAAGGCGAUUACCUGGAUUUUUCCUCUCCAACUGUAGCCGCCAGAUAA